AUGGCAAUACCACCCAGAGUAGGGAUAUUUUUAAUAGCCCUGAACAUUUUCCUUUCCAUCUUUGCAACUCUGGGCAAUGUUCUAAUCCUAGUUGCUCUACGAAACGUUUCCUCCAUUCAUCCACCGACGAAGCUCCUAUUUCGAUGUCUGGCGAUAACUGAUCUUUGUGUUGGUCUUCUUGGUCAAGCACUUUACAUUUACUUUUGGUACAUUACAAUCUUUCUUGAUAUUGGUAACCGCAUCGUAGAACUAGUUUACGUAUAUCUCUUUAUCAUUCGCGUGUUGGUUGCGGUAUCCAUCCUAACAGCGGCUGCCAUCAGUGUUGACAGACUUCUUGCUCUCUUAUUGGGACUGAGAUACAGACCCGUUGUAACUUUACGCCGAGUUCGUGUGGUCAUAACCUGUGUUUGGUUCAUUGCUGUUUCAAACGCUUCUUUGUACUGCGUGGGUUCGAUCCUAUUUCAUUAUGAGUCAUUACUUGCCUCGUGGUGGACCUACCGAGCUUUUAUCAUUUUUUCUAUAAUAGUCUCAACAUUUUCGUACACGAAGAUUUUUCUCACCCUCCGUCAUCAACAAGCUCAAGUGCAAGGUCAUGUUCAACCAGAACAGUCGAGCACUGUAAGAAGUGUACUGAACAUAGCACGAUACAAGAAGACAGUGUAUAGCGUAGCUUGGAUACAGUUAGCUAUGUUUGCUUGUUAUGGUCCUAACAUCGUGAUGGCAUUUCUUUGGAAUUUUGGAAAUAUAGAUCAUUCCACUGAAGUAAUGGUCGCGGGUGAAGUUUCCCUUUGUCUCAUCUUUUUAAAUUCAUCUCUGAAUCCAGUCCUUUACUGUUGGAGAAUCAAAGAUAUCAGACAGGAAGUGAAAAACCUCAUUCGUAAGUGUCUUUGCUGUUGAGUUAACCUACAGUGAUAGAGAAAAGAUGCAACAGAACAACAUCCCCAGUGGGAAGACAACUGGCUUAUCACGAACAGUGCCGCUACGUUGAUACCCACACACAGCACCUGUACUGACAGGACAGACCUUGUUGUUCGUAUAGGUUAUCGCUGUACUUUGAUCGUUUUUUGUCUAAAUAGAGUAAUAAAAGAUGUUUGACGAUGUUUUUAAAAGAGGGCCAAAAAGGCCGCACAGACCGUCUAUAGGGUCCAGUUGUGGGGUUGGCCAUAUUAGAUUUUUCCAAAGGGGUUAACCCAUUAUAUUGGGUCAAAAUUUGAAGUUUUCUUUUUGAUUGUUGUUGUUGGUGGUGUUUUUUUGCUUAGUAGAGUAAGAAAAGAAGUCUUUCGAUGUUAAGACUGCUAAAAAGGCCAGAAAAACCUCUUUAUAAGGAGUUUCAGUCGCUCUAUACUCGCCGGGAAAAUAAUACCCGCUGUCUUAAACAGUCAAUAAUAUUCACAGUUUAUGCAUGUAAUAUAACAGCGUAACUAUAAUUCCCUUGCACCUCAAUUGUUAGAUUGAUUUCUCUGUUGCAGAAGAGAAACGAAGUUUUUUUAAAACAUUGGUAUCGCAGGAACAGGGCUUUUUUAGCUUAUAUUUGAUCAGUUAACAGAUCUGUAAUUAAAAUGAUAAACGUGAAGCGCAUGAAGAUGCGCAAGUUCUCUCAGAGAAACUUCCUGUUUACACAAGGACAAUUAACAUUUAGCGGGUAUUUUAAUGCAGUGAUGAGAAACCAUAACUAUAAUGAAUGACGAUAAUAGAUAAUGUAUGGAUACUUUCUGAGUUGAAAACUGAAGCUUAUGCGUUAAAAGUUUGUACUCAUGCGGUUAAAAAUAAAGUUCAGUUUCAUAUCGUUGUACGUUGGUCGGUUAAGGGAGACAUUCGUUAGUGCAAGAAGAUAAUCGGAAUUGCUACUCAAGAAGAGCAUACUGUAGACCUGUACUGUAGGGCUUAAGCUGUACGAGUAUUGAGGAAGCUAUAGCAGGAAAAAACUUCCGUGAGAGAUUUGAUCAAGAAAGUUUUAUGCGGGGAGGCUCCUCCCGGAGGUCCGUCCAACCCCUUAUCCGGCUUUUAAAUACCAUUUUGACCGAAAAAUCACCUCUUUCCUACGCCUUUUUUUGACAAAUGAUACCCCUUUCUUAUAACUAAUUUAGAAUUUUGCAUCCCUUUCAACCAGUGUAAAGGCACUGCAUUUAAAAUAUGAAUAAAUCACAAAACCAGAACGUUUUCCCGACUUUUUCACAGCCUUGGAAUAAAUCUGUGAGCCCUUUUGGGCCUUUUUACGUACCGAAAUAAUAACCCUACACUUUCAUAUACUUCAACCAGUAAAAUCCCUUCCCUUUCAUAGACCAGAAGCCUGAAAAACGGUACCCAUUUCAGGGCGAGCCUCCCCGUAUAGGCCAUUGCACUUAGUAUAUGAUGGGUGGACAGUCUAUCUUAAAUUAGUUGUUACCGACAAAAGUGAAGUCCUGGCGAGUAAAACAAACCACCGUGUGUUACGUUUUUACUUGUAGUAGAGAGUUACAUAUCCGCAGUACAGGUGUUCUUACUAUACCGGAUAACAGGAAAGUAUCCGCUAUAGCGUGUAUAUUGUCUUAGUAUUCCGCCCUUUUUGGUUAAUUGCUGUUUUAGAUUUAAAAGGUAUCAGUAGGUAGACGCCUUUCUAAAGUGCUUCGGAAAUUGCCUUGAAAAUUCAGUCGAGCCACCUUGAGAGUCCAUUUUAAUUUCUUGCUGGAUUCGUAUUGUACCGUUGAACACCGAUAUAAUGAGUCGUUUCAAGAGACUAUAAAGGGGACAGAGAGGGCAUCCCCCAUAUACACCCUAUUCCAUAGGUAAUUCGUCUCGAGUUAUUUUUAACACCACAGAUCUCAAGGGGAGCCACGCGUCCUUCACGAAAUGACGCAGAACAAAAUGGGGCAAGACGCGGAGAGCGAUUUUGCUAUUCCUUUUGUCGACGAAAACGACUACAGCGAGAUUUCUGCGAAAGCUGUGUCAGCGAAACCGAAAUUAAAAAAGAAUCGCCCUUCCUCUCUUGUAUAGAGCUAACAGUAGAGCAGGGAAGUCCUUAACACACUGAAUAUUCUCUCAGGAUCAUUUAUAAUUUACAGUUUGAAGAGAGCAAUUUCUGGUUUGAUGUUUAUUUUUUUCAGUCUUUAUAGCGAUUAUUCCUACCCACUUACUUUGUCAAUUGUAGGCGAACCCUCCUAAAGCUGAAUUUCAAGGGACCAUAUUCUAGCUCAGAAAGAGAAAUAAAAUUUCGUCGUUGCUUAUUUACGUCCUCCAUAAAACGCGAAAUUAGGCAUUUUCACGUAGUAGUCGUGCAAAAACGGGAAAGAAAUGAACAAAAAAGUGUGUUGCACGUGCGAAGUUGUUGUUUUGCUAAUAAAACCUAUUGUUUUUUUGACGUUCUAGGUGUCGUCCGCGUCGUUGGAUCUUAGACUCCCUAAAUUGUACAAACGACCGGUUUCAAUAGACCGGCGAAAUUUCUCAUUUUGUUAAAGCACUGGGGUUACGACAACUUCGAGUUAAACUGAUUUCGCGGGUUGUCAAAGAGUCCAGCGAUUCCUUUUUCCCACGUGAGCGCCGACUCAUUUCGCUUCAAUAUUCAGGAAUGCUCUCGAUCUUUUUACGCUUUCAUUGCCUCUCGCCCGACAUGUUUUGCACGGCGUUUGGUCAUGCGAAACCUCCACGAAACAUCCACGCCUCGCGCGAGGUAACUUUAUCCCGAUUCUAAAAAUAACUCGAGACGAAUUACCUAUGGAAUAGGGUGUAUAUGGGGGAUGCCCUCUCUGUCCCCUUUAUAGUCUCUUGGUCGUUUUAUAUCUAACAGCUCCUUAAUGCGGCAACGAAUGAGGUUUUUUUGCUGCAGUUGUCACAUGACCCCAAUACAACAUUUCCUAUUAUGCUAAUGAUGAAAAUAAAAAAUAUAUGCACAAAAAACAAGCUAGAAUUAAGGAAGAAAGUCAUUACCAAGCAGGGAGAAAUUAAUUGGUAACUGUUAUUACCCAGGAAAUGCAGAUGUUUGUGCAGGAAGUUUUAAUAAUGCAAUUGUCAAAAUACUAAUACGAGAAGUCCAUUGCGAAGCAAAUUUUAACAUCUACUUAAUAGUUUUGGCUGUAGCCGAUAUGGCUAUAUACGUUUAGACCACUUUCUGUUACCCUUCAUAUCACCUGUAACAUCACCUGCCUGUCUCAAUUAGUUCUUUAGCGAGCAAGGAAGUCAACAUGUCAACCUGAACUACUACUCAAUAAUUUGUUCUAGUUGAAAUGACAGCAUAUCUCCUUCACUGUGGUUUGUUAACCUCCAAUUGGCGUGUACCCCUAUUUUACGAUAUCGAUGGUCAAAGUACAUAUAACAUCUUAUUUUGUAUUAAUGUUUUUGGAUAGUUCUUUAGCGAGCAGGAAAGUCAACCUGUCUUAAAAAUUUGGGGAUCGGCUUAAUUGAUACGUUUGAUGCAACGACAGGUUAAUUUGGAGUUAAGUGUUUUUAAAUUUAACUUGGCAGUUUCUGUCUAAGUCUAUAACAAACUGAAUAAAUUUGCUAUUUCGUUGACAAGCUGUUUUGUCCGAGGAAGUUCAUCUUGUGUAGCUUUGCAGCUGAAGAAACCUAACGUUAACUCAAAUCGACGUUUCUUUUCCAUAAAGCUUAAUCAGUGGCUUUCAACACCAAGAAGGGCAAACAACAGGAACGGGACAUUUGUAGUUACGAAGAUGCCACCAGGAAUUGGCAUAUUUUUUAUAGCCUUGAACAGUUUUCUUUCCAUCACUGCAACUCUGGGAAAUGCCCUGAUCCUGGUUGCUCUACGAAAUGUAUCCUCCAUUUAUCCACCGACGAAGCUGUUAUUUCGAUGUUUGGCUGUUACUGAUCUUUGUGUUGGUCUUAUAUGUCAGCCACUUUACGUUUACUUGAUUAUUGGUAACUUCAUCAGAGAACUUUGGUAUGUACAUUUCUUUUUCUAUGUCGUGUUUCUUGCGGUAUCGCCCCUAACAUCGGCUGCCAUCAGUGUUGACAGACUUCUCGCUCUGUUGUUGGGCCUGAGAUACAGACACGUUGUAACUUUACGCCGAGUUCGUGUGGUCAUAGCUUGUGUUUGGUUCAUUGGUGUUUCAAACGCUUCUUUGGACUGCGUGGCUUGGGUCCUAUCUAAAUAUAAGGUAAUACUUGCCUCGUUGUGGACGUUCCUAACUUUAAUAAUGGUUUCUAUAAUAAUCUCGUUAUUUUCGUACAUAAAGAUUUUUCUCACCCUCCGUCACCAAGAAGCCCAAUUGCAAAGUCAUGUUCAACCAGAACAGUCAAGCGGCAGAGUAAGAAGUGUACGGAACAUGGCACGAUACAAGAAGACAGUGUAUAGCGUAGCUUGGGUACAGUUUGCUAUGCUUGCUUGUUAUGGUCCUAACAUCGUGAUGGCAUUUCUUUGGCAAUUUGGAAAUGUAGGUUAUUCCACUGAAGUAAUGAUCGCGAGUGAAGUCUCCGCUUGUCUCUUCUUUUUAAAUUCAUCUCUGAAUCCAGUCCUUUACUGUUGGAGAAUCAAAGAUGUCAAACAAGAAGUGAAAAACAUCAUUCGUCAGUGUCUUUGCUGUUGAGUUAACCUACAGUGAUAGAGAAAAGAUGCAACAGAACAACAUCCCCAGUCGGAAGACAACUGGCCUAUCACGAACAGUGCCGCUACGUUGAUACCCUCACACAGAACCUAUGCUGACAGGACACACCUUGUUGAUCGUAUAGGUUAUCGCUGUACUUUGAUCGUGUUUUGUCUAAAUAGAGUAAUAAAAGAUGUUUGACGAUGUUUUUAAAAGAGGGCUAAAAAGGCCGAACAGACCGUUUAUAGAGUCCAGUUGUGGGGGUGGCCAUAUUAGAUUUUUCCAAUGGCGUUAACCGAUUAUAUUGGGUCAAAAUUUGAAGUUUUCUUUUUAUUGUAUUUUUUUGCUUAAUAGAGUAAGAAAAGAAGUCUUUCGAUGUUAAGACUGCUAAAAAGGCCAGAAAAAACCUCUUUAUGAAGAGUUUCAGUCGCUUUAAACUCGCCGGGAAAAUAAUACCCACUGUCUUUAACAGGCAUUAAUAUUCACAGUUUAUGCAUGUAAUAUAACAGCGUAACUAUAAUCCCCCUGCACCUUAAUUGUUAGAUUAAUUUCUUUGUUGCAGAAGAGAAAAGAAGAUUUUUAAAAACAUUGGUAUCGCAGGAACAGGGCUAUAUUAGCUUAUAUUUUAUCAAUUAACAGAUCUGUAAUUAAAAUGAUAAACGUGAAGCGCAUGAAGAUGCGCAAGUUCUCCCUCAGAGAAACUUCUUGUUUGCGCGAGGACAAUUAACAUUUAGCAGGUAAUUUUAAUGCAGUGAUGAGAAACCAUAACUAUAAUGAGUUACAACAAUAGAUAAUGUAUGGAUACUUUCUGAGUUGAAAACUGAAGCUUAUGCGUUAAAAGUUUGUACUCAUGCGGUUAAAAAUAAAGUUCAGUUUCCGAUAUCGUUGUACGUUGGUCGGUUAAGGGAGACAUUCGUUAGUGCAAGAAGUUAAUCGGAAUUGCUACUCAAGAAGAGCAUACUGUAGACCUGUACUGUAGGGCUUAAGCUGUACGGGUAUUGAGUAAGCUAUAGCAGGAAAAAACUCCCGUGAGCGAUUUUGUAAAAUAUACCUCCCUUGUCCGAGAAAUAUGGUUUCAAGUAAAAUAUAGAUAGUGAUGUCAUUAAUGGCAGUUUUUAAUCUUUGUCUGAUAUGGAGAAAUACGGUUGCUAAUAAAAUAGAUAAUGAUGUCAUUUCGUUGCUAAGGCAGCUCCUAUGUCACUAUAAUUCUUUUAAUGGCAAUUUUUAAUCUUUGUCUGAUGUAGAGAAAGACGGCUACAAUUAAAAUGGAUAAUGAUGUCAUUACGUUGCUAUGGUCGCUCUGAUGUCAAUAUAAUUCUGUUAAUAGCAAUUUUUAAUUUUUGUUUGAUGUAGAGAAAUACGGCUGCAAAUGAAAUAGAUAAUGCUUUCAUGACGUUGGUGUGGCAGCUCUGAUGUCAAUAGAAUGCUGUUAAUUAGAAUUUUUUUAUCUUUCUCUGAUGCAGCUUCGAUGAUACAAUGAAUGCAGGGCGGACAUUAUUGAUAGAUACAUUAGUUCUGUUUACUCCUUUUACAACUGCAUGAUAUUCAGUUUGGACCGGUCAAACAGUCGUCAGUGGUAGACACUAUACCUAUAACACUUCUGUGUUCUCUUUAUUCAACAAUUUCAAUUGUAUUUCAACAUUAAAAAGGAAAACUUCCCGAAAAUAGCAGGGCUAAUGUAGGCGUUUUUUCAGAAGAAAAAAAUGACGUUCUGUUGACUAGAUGUAAAACUCGCGGCUUAAAACACUUAAGUGUUGUACAAGGUAUAUAUAAAGUCGAGUCAAAUAUCUCAUUUAGCGCCCUAGGACUCUUCAGUUUCAUGUUGUGGUACGAAAAAUAUGUGCCCUGGUAGAAAAUAACGUUUGCACAGAGCUUUAGGCAUAUAUUUAUGAAAGGGAUUCGAGAAGAACUAAGCAAUUGUAAUAAGCUGUUUGCUAAUUUGCUUUAAAGAAACAAACACUGUAUGUUAAAACUGUGAAACGCAGUUUGAAUUGUUCUUCUUAUGAGGUGUUGGUUAUUAAACCCCUGAAUGGAAAGUACAUGCCUUUCACUUUUUAUUUGUUAGCGAAAAGGUGAAGCGUGGUUAAUUGAUUCAAAUGAAAGCUUUCAAAACGAUCGUCUUGCAAUUUUAGUUAGCUUUAUUAAGCUUAUCGUUAUUGGAGGUGAAAUCGGAUGAAAAUGAAAAGAGACGACGCGUCGACGCACUGAGCGCCUGAAUUUUGAAACCAAAGAAUAAGAUUUAGAUGUGACAUUGUAACGCAAAUAAAAAUUUUAGGAGUACGUUUGGACGAACGAUGAAAAUUGUAGUAAACAAUUUCCAGCAGGUGAAAAAUAUGAAUAAAUUAAUAUUCAACAUAUAAACCCGUUGCACCUUAACCGCCAAAUUAAUUUCUCUGUUGCGAAAGAAAAAAAACAGAAGUAAACAUUUUAAGAACAUUGGCAUCGUAGCUGACAUAUGCUCGUUUAGAAAUAACACUAUAUUUCGUAAGUGAACAUGUCUAUAGUUAAAUGAGCGUCCUCAGAUGGCCAAGUUAUCUCUUGAAAAAUUUUUUGUUUCCACAAGGGCUAGUGACGAUUAGCAGGUAAAUGUGAUGAGAAUAUGAUCAAUGAUAAUGACGAUUUGCGUUUGAAACCAGGUGUUUCCGAGGAAAAAGAAAAGCGUGUGGCUUCGUAAAGCGAAAGUGGACUUGUGGCCGUUUUUAACAUACAAAACAGCCUCGUCAAAAUGAAUAAGAACUGCUGCGAAGUUUACUUUAGUGGUACAGAAGUCUUCUUUCUUGCGUCGUGCUGAAUAUUGCAGCAUCGAAAAGAAGGAAGUUGAAAGUGUAAAUCACUUAAGAUGUAGAAUACCUUUAAAAGGAAUUUUUUUUGCAAAUAGUGUCUUAGUAGCAAUACCCAAAUAGAAACAUACUGAUUUGCGAACCGAAAUUGAUUUGAAAAUUUGUACUUAAGUAGUUCGCUUUCAUAUCCUUUGAGGUUUCUUAACUAAACUGCUGGAAACCGUAACUCUCCUAAUAACAGAUCUUAAUCUGUCGGUCGGAGUUGGAGUUUGCAUGUUAAGUAAUGGAUAUUUUAGCUGACAGUCGUGACGAAACUUUUUCUAGCCAAUUAUUAGGGCGGGUCUAUUUUAAUUGCAAAUGUGCGAUGCUAACUUAUGACUUUAACAACACCAUACAAACUCUAAUUAUGCUUUAUAUUAAAGUCUUAUUCAUAACACUCGUAUUCAGAAGUCUAUAUUGACUGCGCUUCUGUCCUGUUAAUUUCGUCAAUAUCUCAGGCGAAGCAUUUUAUUUCUAAAUUGUCAAUGUAUGUAGUAAGAAACUGCUAAUUGGGAACAAUUUUUUUACGUCUCCUACUGGAGACAGGACCGCCAUUUCUAAGUACUCAUCCGAGUAAAAGUCUGGCUUGUUUACCGAGGAAAGUCAGUGUACCAUCAUUUCUCAAUUAUUCAAAGACGCUGAAUAGUGGUGCGGCCACCGAGAUCGGCCCUGCGUCCAUCCGCUCUGCAGACAAGCGCUGUACCGCCUGAGCUACUCCUGCUGCGGUAAUUACCCGGGGGGGGGUGGUGUUGAUCGAUAAAGUUUUAUACGUGGAGGCCUUGCCCGGAGGUCGGUCCAACCCCUUAUCCUUUUACAUACCAUUUUUGACGGAAAAGGUACCCCUUUCCUAUGCCUUCUUUUGACAAAUGAUACCCCUUUCUUAUAACUAAUUUAGAAUUUUGCAUCCCUUUCAACCAUUGUAAAGGCACUGAAUUUAUAAUAUGAGUAAAUCACAAAACCAGAACGUUUUCUCGACUUUUUCACAGCCUUAGAAUAAAUCUGUGAGCCCUUUUGGGCCUUUUUACCGACCGAAAUAACCGAUGACCCUACACUUUCAUAUACUUCAACCAGUAAAAUCCUCUCUCUUUCAUAUACCUGAAGCCUGAAAAAGGUACCCCUUUCAGGCGGAGCCUCCCCGUAUAGGCCAUUGUACUGGGUAUUCCCCCCACCUUCGAGGGGUAAAUAGUGGAAGAUGCCGAUUCUUGAUAGGUGCACAGUCUAUCUUGAAUUAGUUGUUACCGACAAAAGUGAAGCCCUGGCGAGUAAAACAAACCACCGGAUGUUACGUUUUGACUUAUAGUGGAGAGUUACAUAUCCGUAGUACAGGUGUUCAUACUAUACCGUAUAACACGAAAAACAAUCCGCUAUAGUGUGUAUGUAGCCUUAGUAUUCCGCCCUUUUUAGUUACCUGCCGUUUUAGAUUUUAAUGGUAAAUGAUACACAUGUAGGUAGACGCCUUUCUAAAGUGCUUCGGAAAUUGCCCUGAAAAUUCUGUCGAGCCACCUUGAGAGUCCAUUCAGUUAUCGGUGGACUCUUAUUGUACCGCUGAACACUGAUAUAAUGAGCCGUUUUAUAUCGAACAGCUCUUUUAUGCGACAACGAAUGAGAUUUUUUACUGCAGUUGUCACAGGACCCAAAUACAACAUUUCCUGUUAUGCUAAUAAUGAAAAUAAAAAAUAUAUACACAAAAGAAAAACAAUUUAGCAUUAAGGAAGAAAGUCAUUAGCAAACGGGGAGAAAUUAAUUGGUAACUGUUAAUACCCAGGAAAUGCAGAUGUUUAUGUAGGAAGUGGUAAUAAUGCAAUUGUCAAAAUACUAAUACAAGAAUAUGAGUAGCAAAUUUCAACAUCUACUUAAUAUUUUUUGCUGUAGCCGAUAUGGCUAUGUACGUUUAGACCACCUUCUGUUAGCCUUCAUAUCACCUGUAACGUAGUUGUUAACUGAGAAGCGUUUCCUGGCGUUUGUGUCUAAAUUAGUUCUUUGGCGAGCAACAAAGUCAACAUGUCAACCGGAACUACUACUCAAUAACUUGUUCUAGUUGAAUUGACAGCAUAUCUCCUUCACUGUGGUUUGUUAACCUCCAGUUUUCGUGUACCUCUAUUUUACUAUAUCCAUGUCGUCAAAGUACAUAUGACAUCUUAUUUUGUAUUAAUAUUUUUGGAUAGUUCUUUAGCGAGCAGCAAAGUCAACCUGUCUUAAAAAUGUUAGGAAUCGGCUUAAUUGAUACGUUUGAUGCAAGGACAGGUUAAUUUGGAGUUAAGUGUUUUUAAAUUUAACUUGGCAGUUUCUGUCUAGGUCUAUAACAAACUGAAUAAAUUUGCUAUUUCGUUGAAAAGCUGUUUUGUCCGAGGAAGUUCAUCUUGUUCAGCUUUGUAGCUGAAGAAACCUAACGUUAACUCAAAUCGACGUUUUUUUUCGCAUAAAGCUGAGAAUGUGACAUUUGUAGUUACGAAGAUGCCGCCAGGAGUUCACAUAUUUCUCGGCAUAUCCUUUUACAUUUCUCUUUUCAUCUAACUGAAAUCGGCGUUUCUUUUGCAUAAAGCUUGAUCGGGGUUUUCAAAACCGAUGGCAAACAACACCAACGGAACAUCUGUAAUAGCGAAGAGACCAUCAGGGGUAUGGGUAUCUCUUAUAGUCCUGAACAUUUUUCUUUCCAUCUUUGCAACUCUGGGCAAUGUUCUAAUCCUAAUUGCUCUACGAAACGUUUCCUCCAUUCAUCCACCGACGAAGCUCCUAUUUCGAUGUCUGGCGAUAACUGAUCUUUGUGUUGGUCUUCUUGGUCAACCACUUUACGUUUAUGUUUGGUACAUUACAAACUAUCUUGAUAUUGGUAACUUCAUCGUAGAACUAUUUUACGUAUGUCAGUUUAUCAUUACCGUGUUGCUUGAGGUAUCCAUCCUAACAUUGGCUGCCAUCAGUGUUGAUAGACUUCUCGCUCUCUUAUUGGGGCUGAGAUACAGACACGUUGUAACUUUAUGCCGAGUUCGUGUGCUCAUAGCUUGUGUUUGGUUCAUUGCUGUUUUAAACGCUUGUUUGCACUUGGUGGCUCGGAUCCUAUUUCAUGGUAAGUUAAAACUUGCCUCGUGGUGGACCUCCCGAGCUUUUGGCAUUUUUUCUAUAAUAGUCUCAACAUUUUCGUACACGAAGAUUUUUUUCGCCCUCCGUCAUCAACAAGCCGAAGUACAUAAUCAUGUUCAACCAGAACAGUCCAGCGGCAGAGUAAGAAGUGUACUGAACGUAGCACGGUAUAAGAAGACAGUGUAUAGCGUAGCUUGGAUACAGUUUGCUAUGCUUGCUUGUUAUGGUCCUUUCAUCGUGAUUUCAUUUUUUUGGCAUUUUGGAAAUAUAGAUUAUUCCUCUGAAGUAGGAGUCGCGGUUAGAGUCUCCACUUGUCUCAUCUUUUUAAAUUCAUCUCUGAAUCCAGUCCUUUACUGUUGGAGAAUCAAGGAUGUCAGGCAGGAAGUAAAAAACACCAUUCGUAAGUGUGUUUGCUGUUGAGUUAACCUACAGUGAGAAACGAUGCAACAGAACAAUGGAGACAACUGCCUUGUCACGAACAGUGCCGCUCGUUGAUACCCACACACAGCAACUAUACUGACAGGACACACCUUGUUCAUCGUAUAGGUCAUCGCUGUACUUUGAUCGUUUUUUGUCUAAACAGAGUAAUAAAAGAUGUUUGACGAUGUUUUUAAAAGAGGGCUAAAAAGGCCGAACAGACCGUUUAUAGAGUCCAGUUGUGGGGUUGGCCAUAUUAGAUUUUUCCAAAGGUGUUAACCCAUUAUAUUGGGUCAAAAUUUGAAGUUUUCUUUUUGAUUGUUGUUGUUGUUGGUGUUUUUUUGCUUAAUAGAGUAAGAAAACAAGUCUUUCGAUGUUAAGACUGCUAAAAAGGCCAGAAAAACCUCUUUAUAAAGAGUUUCAGUCGCUCUAUACUCGCCGGGAAAAUAAUACCCGCUGUCUUAAACAGUCAAUAAUAUUCACAGUUUGUGCAUGUAAUAUAACAGCGUAACUAUAAUCCCCUGGCACCUCAAUUGUUAGAUUGAUUUCUCUGUUGCGGAAGAGAAACGAAGUUUUUUUAAAACAUUGGUAUCGCAGGAACAGGGCUAUUUUAGCUUAUAUUUAAUCAGUUAACAGAUCUGUAAUUAAAAUGAUAAACGUGAAGCGCAUGAAGAUGCGCAAGUUCUCCCUCAGAGAAACUUCCUGUUUACACAAGGACAAUUAACACUUAGCGCGGGUAAUUUUAAUGCAGUGAUGAGAAACCAUAACUAUAAUCAAUGUCAAUAAUAGAUAAUGUAUUGAUACCUUCUGAGUUGAAAACUGAAGCGGAUGCGUUAAAAGUUUGUACUCAUGCGGUUAAAACCAAAGUUCAUUUUCAUAUUGUUGUACGUUGGUCGGUUAAGGGAGACAUUCGUUAGUGCAAGAAGAUAAUCGGAAUUGCUACUCAAGAAGAGCAUACUGUAGACCUGUACUGUAGGGCUUAAGCUGUACGAGUAUUGAGUAAGCUGUAGCAGGAACAAGCUCCCGUGAGGAAUUUUGUAAAAUAUACCUCCCUUGUCCGAGAAAUACGGUUUCAAGUAAAAUAUAGAUAGUGAUAUCAUUAAUGGCAAUUUUUAAUCUUUGUCUGAUAUAGAGAAAUACGGUUGCAAAUAAAAUGGAUAAUGAUGUCAUUUCGUUGCUAAGGCAGCUCCUAUGUCACUAUAAUUCUUUUAAUGGCAAUUUUUAAUCUUUGUCUGAUGUAGAGAAAUACGGCUACAAUUAAAAUGGAUAAUGAUGUCAUUACGUUGCUAUGGUCGCUCUGAUGUCAAUAUAAUUCUGUUAAUAGCAAUUUUUAAUUUUUGUUUGAUGUAGAGAAAUACGGCUACAAUUAAAAUGGAUGAUGAUGUCAUUACGUUGCUAUGGUCGCUCUGAUGUCAAUAUAAUUCUAUUAAUAGCAAUUUUUAAUCUUUGUUUGAUGUAGAGAAAUACGGCUGCAAAUGAAAUAGAUAACGGCUUUCAUGACGUUGGUAUGGCAGCUCCAAUGUCAAUAGAAUACUGUUAAGUAGAAUUUUUUUAUGUUUGUCUGAUGCAGCUUGGGUGAUCGUUUUCAUAUAUUUUUAGUGGCGGAUCACUUGCCCACUUGCCAGCUAUAUAGAUACUUUUCAUUUUUCUGAGAAUUCUAUAAAAAUAAUUCAAAAUUUCAAAGAAGAAGGGGUGGCCGCAGACCCUUCGGCCCACCCCUAAAUCUACCCUUGAUUGUUGAGGCACAGUAUGUCAAGGAUAAAAUUCGUCGAAAACUAUAAAAAGAACCUUUAUUUUUGUAAAGUUUGCGUCGGCAUACAAUCAUGAACAUAAGUGAUAUUUUUUGUAAUGGCGACUGACGUAGUUAAUGCUCAAACUUGGGAGGUAUUGCCGCCGGGUGAAACAGGUUUCAAUCGAGCCACCUUGAGAGUCCAUUUUUUUCUGGAUUUUUUAUUUUAUGUACCGUUGAACACCGAUAUAAUGAGCCAUUUUGUAACGAACCGCUCCUCUAUCCAACAACGAAUGAGAUCCUGUACUCCAGUUGUCGUAGAUAGUUUAGCAGGACCCCAAUGCAACAUCCUCUAUUAUAUGUUAAUGUUGAUAAUGAGAAUGAAAAGAAAAUAUUAUACGCACUUUCAACAAGUUAGUAUAAAGGAAGAAAUUCAUUACCAAAUAUCCAAAGAUAAUUAUGUUUCUUACUAGAUAAAUUAUGCCGGAAGUUUUAAUAAUGCAGAAGUCAAAAUACUUAGACAAGAAGUCCAUUGCGAAGCAAAUUUGUUAAAUAUUUUUGGUGGUAGCAGAGAUGGCUACUACUAUACAUAUUUUGUUCUAGUUCCUUGCACCUUGAAUGAAUUAUGUUAGAAUGAUUUUCCUGUUGCAACAGCGAAAAAAGUAGAUAUUUUGGAAACAUUGGUACAGUAGCUAAGUACUUGACGUUUAGAAAUAAAGCUAUAUUCGAUAAGUUAACUUGGGAUCUGUUUACACUAUCAGUACCAGAGAGCUUUUGCGCUGGCUUUAAGACCAAACUGGAUACCCGGGGGGUACUUGAGAAAUUUCUGGGUGGGGAUGUGCCGCUGGGACCCUGGAACACUUAACCUAUACCAGAGCUAGUUCAACUGAAUUUUGCUACCCUAUACUAGAGUAAACUCCCCAAGUCUCCCUAUCCUAGAGUAGCUGUUUCCCUAGUCUAGAUAAAUCUUCAACCAACUGAUCAGUUUCCUGAAAAAUGAUACCCUAUUCUAGACCCAAACGCUCUGAUUUAUAUACCCUAUCCUAGAGUAAACUGCUUGAAAACCAUACCCUUCACAGCGGCACAUACCUAUAUAGCCCAUAUAUGGCAGUACCCCCCCGGGACGGGAUAGCAGGGCUUCUGUUCACACAUAAAAACCACUCGGCUCGGCUCGGCUCGGCUCGAUCUCCGUAACGAAGCGAAGUUACGCCGAUCUCUAAAGUGGAGAGUUACAUAUCCGACAAGUGUUCAUACUAUACCGGAUAUUUUUUCGUGUUGGCAGCCGGAAAAGACUAAAAGCAGUCCGCUAUAGCGUGUAUAUAGUCUUAGUAGUCCGCCCUUUUUGGGUACUUGCCGCUCUAGAUUUUAGAGGUAAAUGUAGGUAGACGCCUUUCUAAAGUGCUUCGGAAAUUGCCCUGAAAAUUCAGUCGAGACACCUUGGGAGUCCAUUUUCUCGCAGGAUUCUUCGUACCGUUGAACACCGAUAUAAUGUGCCGUUUUCAUUUAUAUCGAACAGCUCCUUUAUCUGACAACGAAUGAGAGUUGUUACUCCAGUUGUCUCAGGACCCCUAUUACAUGUUAAUGCUAAUAAUGAAAGUCGAAAAUAUAUUCCGCACAAAAAAACAAGUUAGCAUUAAGGAAGAAAGUCAUUACCAAGCAGGGAGAAAUUAAUUGGUAGCUAUUAUUACCCAGGAAAUCCAGAUGUUUAUGCAGGAAGUUGUAAUAAUGUAACAGUCAAAAUACUUAUAUAAGAAAACCAUUGCGAAGCAAUUUUCAACGUCUACUUAAUAUUUUUGGCUGUAGCCGCGAUGGCUAUGUACGUUUUGACCACUUUCUGUUCGCCUUUCAUAUCACAUGUAACGAAGUGGUCAACUGACAAGGGUUUCCCGACGUUUAUGUUUCAAUUAGUUCUUUAGCCAGCAGUAAAGUCAGCAUGUCAACCUGGACGACUGCUCAAUAAUUUGUUUUAGUUGAAAUGACAGCAUAUCUCCUGCACUGUGGUUUGUUAACCUCCACUUUUCUUGUACCCCUAUUUUACAAUGAGCAUCGUCAAAGUACAUAUCACAUCUUAUUUUGUAAUAAUAUUAUUGGAUAGUUCUUUAGCGAGCAGUAAAGUCAACCUGUCUAAAAAAUAUUAGGAAUCGGCUUAAUUGAUACUUUAAUGCAACGACAGUAUUUUUAACUGAAUAAAUCUGCUAUUUCGUUGACAAGCUGUUUUGUCCGAGGAAGUUCAUCUUGUUUACCUUUGCAGCUAAAGAAACCUAACGCUAACUCAAAUUGACGUUUCUUUUCCAUAAAGCUUUUUUUAAUCAACACCAAUGGCAAACAACAUGAAUGGGACAUUUGUAACAACGAAGAUACUAUCCGGAGUUUGGAUAUUUCUUAUAGCCUUCAACAAUUGAACCUGUCUAAAAGAUAUUAAGAAUGAGCGUAACUGAUACGUUUCAUGCAACAGCAGGUGAAUUUGGAGUCUAAGUCUACUUUUUAAUUUAACUUGCCAGUUUCUGUCUAGAACUGUCACAAGUAAAUUAACUGUUUCGUUCACAAGCUGUUUUGUCCGAGGAAGUUCAUCCGUCUUCUGUAGCCUUGCAGCUGAAGAAACUGAACGUUAACUCAAAUCGACGUUUCUUUUUCAUAAAGCUAAAUCGGGGGCUUUCAACACCAAUUGCAAACAAUACGAAUGAGACAUUUGUAGUUACGAAGAUGCCGCCAGGAGUUCACAUAUUUCUCGGCAUAUCCUUAAACAUUUUUCUUUCCAUCUAACUGAAAUCGGCGUUUCUUUUGCGUCACGCUUGAUCGGGGUUUUCAAAACCGAUGGCAAACAACACUAACGGAACAUCUGUAAUAGCGAAGAUACCAUCAGGAGUAUGGAUAUCUCUUACAGCCCUGAACAUUUUUCUUUCCAUCUUUGCAACUCUGGGCAAUGUUCUAAUCCUAGUUGCUCUACGAAACGUUUCCUCCAUUCGUCCACCGACGAAGCUCCUAUUUCGAUGUCUGGCGAUACCUGAUCUUUGUGUUGGUCUUCUUGGUCAACCACUUUACGUUUACGGUAUGUACAUUAGAAUCUCUCCUGAUAUUGGUAACUUCAUCGUAGAACUAGCUUACGUAUUUGCGUUUAUCAUUAGCGUGUUGGUUGCGGUAUCACCCUUAACAUCGGCUGCCAUCAGUGUUGACAGACUUCUCGCUCUGUUGUUGGGCCUGAGAUACAGACACGUUGUAACUUUAUGCCGAGUUCGUCUGGUCAUAGCUUGUGUUUGGUUCAUUGCUGUUUCAAAUGCUUCUUUGUACAGCUUGGCUUCGAUCGUAUUUCAUACCUCGUGGUGGACCUUCCGAGCUUUAGUCAUUUUUUCUAUAAUAGUCUCAACAUUUUCGUACACGAAGAUUUUUUUCACCCUCCGUCAUCAACAAGCCCAUGUGCAAAAUCAUGUUCAACCAGAACAGUCAAGCAGAGUAAGAAGUGUAUUGAACAUAGCACGAUACAAGAAGACAGUGUAUACCGUAGCUUGGAUACAGUUUGCUAUGCUUGCUUGUUAUGGUCCUUACAUCGUGAUGGCAUUUCUUUGGAAUUUUGGAAUUAUAGAUUAUUCUAAGAUCGCGGGUGAAGUUUUCUUUUGUCUCGUCUUUUUAAAUUCAUCUCUGAAUCCAGUCCUUUACUGUUGGAGAAUCAAAGAUGUCAGACAGGAAGUAAAAAACACCAUUCGUAAGUGUCUUUGCUGUUGA